AUGCGAUUGGCAGAGCUUUGCACAAGAUGGGCGCAGAUUAGUGUGCUUCUCUGCUCUCUGCUCCUCCAACUGGUCAGCUGCAUUCCAUCGCCAGCUCCAGUCGGUUUCGGCGACAUCAACGCCAAAUUGCCCGCCUUGACACCUUCAGACUUCAGCACUUCAACAUCCAAAGGAAUGUGGUUGGUGGAAUUCUACUCGCCUAGCUGCCCUCACUGUAGGCACUUUGCUCCCGUCUGGCAGGAUGUUGUGGAGGUUCAGGAACAUCUCGCUCUCACUGCCGACUUCCAUAUGAGCAGAGUCAACUGCUUGACGUUCGGUGGUGAGUGAUCUCGUUGGACACAGGCCGAGGAGGCGAACGAAAGAUGUGCGGCUGGUGAUGUUGCAAUGGGCGUGCAAAGCUGCCCCACGCGCUACCGCAACGACGGUCUCGCCAUCGGUGCGGCACGUAUGGUAUGUUUCGUGAUCGCUUGCUUCGCAGAUUGGCGGCAUGUAGGCUGUAUCUCGACACGCCGGUCGUAGCUCACAUCCAGCCUAUUCAACGCCACGUGCAGAUUUGUGCAAUGAGCAAAACAUUGAGGGAUAUCCCACACUCAAGCUGUAUGCCGAUUCCAAAUACAUCGAAGAUUACACGGGUGCGUUUUAGAGCGGACCCCGUCUUCGUCUUGCCUCGCGUCUCAUCCACUUAGCCCUGCUUUUGAUCCGCCAAACCUCUUUUCUCAGGCAAGCGCAAGUAUGAUGACCUCACAUCGUACGUCACUGCAAGGGCCAGGGACUAUCAGAAAGCCAAACACGAGGCUCAGAUGCAGGGCCAGGGUCAGAAUGCCAGGCACUAG